CUUGUCCCGUCCCGUGGGCUGCUGCACGCACGUCGUCACGUCCCCUCCCUCUUUCCUCUUCGUCUCCCCGUGCCCUCACUAGUCGGCCCUUCAUUCUCGCUCUUCUUCUUCACACAUAGAUAGAGGAACGGGUCUCGUCCGUCUCCACCACCACGGGCAGGAUGGCUUCGCAGGGCACGUCAUCGUCAUCACCGCUCAUCAGCUUCGUGCUCACCCCGGCCGAGCUGCGAGCCGUACAAGGUCGGCUGGGUCUCGCCUCUUCGUCCUCCUCGCGUUCAUCCCCUCCCCGCCCCCCUCAAGCCGAUACCACGACCUCAUCCCUCAAAUCCGCCUCCUUCUGGCUGCAAGACGCCAAUCUACCGAAAACCACUCGAACAGCAUCUCGAGCAGCGGGACUCGUCGUCGUGUUGCUGGCGCUGCUUCGUGGGGUUGGGCAAGGGGUCAGAGAGAGAAGGUCAGUCGCACGCCUGCCCCUUCCGUUCGAGUCGAAUCUAUGCCAUGCUCACUCAUGCUACCCUCGCGCUCUCUCGCCCUCGCUGCAGCCCGACAAUCGCCCUCCGCCGAACGCUCGAGUCUACCACGAAGUCCCUCCGCCUCUUCCUCUCCAUCUUCACCUACUCGACUCUCUAUCGCUCAGCGCUGCAUGCCCUCCUCCUCCUUCGAUCGCGCAUACUAGCCGACUCGACUUCGUACGCCCCGCGGACGGUGCACAGGGAGGAGGGUUCCUCUUCCUCAAACCGGGCCACCCUCACACAUCGCACCCGCAUUUACGCCCGCCUCCUCCGCGUGCUGAGAAGUAGCGCCACUCUCCCGCUCCUUUCGGCCCUCUUGGCCUCACCGGCCCUCCUUGCCCUCCUUCCUCCCGACGCAAUCCCCUCUGCCUCGCUCGGACUCUGGCUCAUCUCCCAAAGUAGCUCGACGGCCUACACGCGCGCGAGAGAGAGGGGGAGUCGUCUAGUCUCGUGGGUCCCGAGUUGGGCGAACAGUUCUCUCCUCUACGCUUUGGGCAACGGGCAGUUACUCUGGGCAUUUUUGUUCGAGAGCACCACGUUUCCCCAGGGGUAUAGGAACGUCAUUCUCGCCCGAUCGGGAACGUACAUCCAGCCACGACCCUCGCAUCUCCCCGCGGGCGUGGACUGGCCCAGCAAGGCGACCAUUAGCGAUCAUGUGGCUUUACUCGCCACGCCGAGUGGGACGGCCAAGCCUUUCCCCUCUUUUACGUCGCCGCUCCUCUCGAGCCUCGGUGAGAAGGCUUCGCGCCACCCGACAACGCCGUACGGUGCCAUCAACCCUAUUCUGGACUACUCGCCCGCCCACCCAGCUCACACGCGCCUCAUGUGCGCUAUGCUCCACCCUCGCGAACCCUCAUGUCGCACCACCCUCUGGAACCACUUUCGCGCCGAAUGGCCAGCAAGCGCCCGAUUCGCCGGUCUCUUCGCCCUCCUCUCCUCCCUCCUCUUCCGCGCAAAGAGCUGGAAGCGCGACCCAGAACGACAGCUCUUCAAGCUCUUCUCCGCCACCUUGCAAGGCGCCUCUGUCAUCUCGGGUAGCAUCGGUACGAGUUGGGCUUUAAUCUGCUUCUUUCAACAUUAUCUCCCCGCAACCUUUUUGCCCCGCUCUCGCUUCUUCUUGAACGGGUUCCUCUCUAGCUUGAUUUGGAUAAAGGUCGUGCCGAGGGAGAGACGGAGGGAGUUGGGACUCUACACGGGGAGAAUGAGCGUGCAGUCUACGUGGGAUAUUCUGGAGAGGCGAGGCAUGGUCAAGGGAGUGAAGAGGGGAGAUGUACUGGUGUUGGCGGUGGGGUUGGGGAUGUUGGCUGCGUUGUACGAGGGUGGGCAAGGCGAGAGGGGAGGGGCGGGGGCGAUCGCUAAGCGUCUGUUUGGAGAACGCAUUCAGGGUGUGGGGGAGGAGGGAGAGGAGAGGAGGGGGGAGUGAGGCCAGGCGAGGCGGCGCGAGGCGAGGCCGUGUCGCAAAUUGAUCAUCGAUGGCGGUCUUCUUAU